GCAGUGUUUGGUGACGUCAUUCGUGUGCGCCUGCACGGAGGGAAUUGUUGACUAGUGAGGUCGUCAUGUCGGAGAGAAAAGUAUUAAAUAAAUACUACCCCCCGGAUUUCGAUCCAUCUAAAAUCCCAAAGUUGAAACUCCCAAAGGAUCGUCAGUAUGUGGUGCGUCUGAUGGCUCCGUUUAACAUGAGGUGCAAAACAUGUGGUGAAUAUAUUUACAAAGGGAAGAAGUUCAAUGCCAGGAAGGAAACUGUGCAAAAUGAGCUGUAUUUGGGACUCCCUAUCUUCCGAUUUUAUAUCAAGUGUACACGCUGCUUAGCUGAAAUUACCUUUAAGACAGACCCUGAGAACACAGAUUAUGCCAUGGAGCACGGAGCUACACGCAACUUCCAGGCAGAGAAGCUGAUUGAAGAAGAGGAGAAGAGAUUUGUUAAGGAACGUGAGGAAGAAGAGCUCAAUAACCCAAUGAAGGUUCUUGAGAACCGAACUAAGGAUUCUAAAAUGGAAAUGGAGGUUCUGGAGAACCUACAGGAACUGAAAGAGCUUAAUCAGCGUCAGGCAAAUGUGGACUUUGAGUCAAUGUUGGAACAGUACCGAGAGACUGAAGAAGAAAUCAAGAAAAGAGAGGAAGAGGAAGAUGAAAGAGAGAUGAGGGAGAUGAUGGCUCAGGCAAAUAAAAGAAGAUUUAUACAGGAUUCUGACUCUGAUGAAGAGCAGCACCCAGUAAAGGCUAAACCAACAGAGAAGACAAAUGUAACUGAUAUACUAAUAAAACAAUCCACUGGGACAUGUGAGAACAAGAGAACAAAACUCAAUAGCCGAAAGCUGAUAUCGGACCUUGUAGUGAGAAAACGAGAGUGUUCGUUGCCCAGCAGACAACAAAAUACAGCUUCCGCCACAGAUGCCCUACAAGCUGAUGGUUCUUUACGCAACAUAAAUCCAAGUAAUGGCACGACUGUUUCACAGAGUUCUUCAGAUGCUACAAAUACUGGAAAUCCCAGUGAUAAAUUCCCAUGCAAUCCUUCAAAAUCAGGAACUUCUUCUCUGGCCCUUUUGGGAUUGUACUCAGACAGCGAUGGAAGUGAUUAAAAAUUGAAUUAAAAUUAAAUAUAUUUUAGUCUCCAUUUCAUUUUUAGGACAUGGCCGUAUGCUGUUUCUUUUAGACAUUACAUUUUGAUGGUGGAAAUUUUGAUUUUUGUGUAUAUAUACUAAAUUUUUGUUGGGUUUUAUACCAAUUUUAAUUUCAGAGCUAUUUCCUCCCUUAUAAGUGUUAAUGGAUAUUUUAUGGUGUAAAUAUAAAGAAAAUAAACAAAUGAUGGAAAUAUUACUAUAGCAUUGUUGAUUAAUUUGAUGCUAACACCGUGUAUCCUACAGAUCGCAUCCUGCCAUAAAACGGAAUUAUUAUCUUAUUUAUAUAGCGCCAACAAUCUACGCAGCAGUUAUUGUAUUCUAAAAUUAAAUUACCACCCUAAUGACUUUUCUAGUAUAUGAGUCUGAAUAUUGUAUUGGCUGUGUUAAUGGCAGUGUUUUGCUACCGCAGUUAAGAAGCACAUUAUAUACAGUCAGGGCUAGCCCUUAGCCUGUGCUACAUGUGUGUUUGGUAAUAUAGCAUUUAUUGUAAGAGCAAUAAAUUCAUUUUAAAGGUU